AUGUCCUGGUUCUGUACUUUCAAAAUACCUACGUCCUGUCCGACUAAAUUUGGCUCUCGAGCGCUCCACAACUACGUUGAACUUUCUUCCGCAGGAGAAUUUACCAUUAAACUCAGAAGGACUGGUUGCAUUUCCAAAAAUGAGUCAAUUAUAACUGAGGAAAAUGAGAAAUGGCAGGCCUUGUCAUUCGUUAACUCAUUUCAGAAUCAAGGCUGCUCUAUUAAGCCCCCAACGUCCUUCUCCAGUAUAUUCCGACCAAGUCUAAAUCGAUUCGAAAACCAAAAAUUUAGAAUUGAGUUCUUAAAGUGUAUACACACAAAAACUGCCAUAAAACAUGGCUGUGAAGUAGCUAAUAAAUAUCAGCUCACAGAUAGCCCCUCCAAAAAAGAGCUAUUGGAGCUCAUAGAUCAUUAUGAUGGCCAAAAUACGGAAUUUAUUCGGUCCGACCUAGGGUGCAGGUCACCAUAUCGGCUCUCCGAAAUCCCUAAAUGUAAGGACCAUACCGAUACGGAGAGUGAUUCAUAUUCGAAUUACAAACGGCUAUGUAGCGAUGGAACAAACCAAACACUCAAUAAUCUAAAAAAAGCGCUUUCAAUUGAACCAGCCGACCUAGACGAUGUAUACCAGCUUUAUAGAUCUCUUCCAAACACCCGUGCUGAAUAUCUUGACUCUCAGACUAGACACAAACUACUACAUGUCCUCUCGGUCAUUGAGCAUAAAGAUGAGAACUCUAAGUUUCGAUUUCUUUCUGUCGUCGAUGACUUGAAGUCAUUAGGAAUACCACUUAGCCUCUCGGAGUGGAACAGUGCUAUUUCAUUCAUUGGAGGAUCCACACGCCGAGUAACUUUGAAAGAAACUCAAGCGGCUCUCCAAAUGUGGCGAGAUAUGGAAGAAACGACAAAUUUGAAAGCGGACGAUAUUACUUUUAACAUAUUGUUCAAUGUAGCAUGCCGAGCAAGUAAGUUUAGUCUGGCUGAAAUGAUAUACAAUCAAAUGGAUGAGAGGGGACAUCAACCUGAUCGGUACCACCAUGUUUCAAAUAUUAUGUAUUUCGGGAUGAAACAACACGGAGAUGGGGUUCGAGCAGCAUAUAGAAGGCUCAUUGAAGCAGGCGAGAUUGUUGACACAAUAGUCCUCAAUGCAAUGAUAUCUGCUCUUAUCAAGGCACGUGAGCCAAAUUCAGCUGAAAAUCUCUACCAACGGAUGAAACAGACUCAUUUAUCACGAACUAAUCCACCGUUACCACCUAAAAGCUAUACAUGCCGACGUGCAGUUAAUAAAGUUCUCAAGAUGGCAACGCAGCUUGCAAAGGGGGACAUACAGAAAAGAAACGACCUGCAAAAUAAAUCAAUAAUGGCACCAGAUAGCAUUACUUAUCUGCUUCUAAUUGAGCAUUUUGCUGUUGAGGCAGGGAAUCUGGAAAAAACCAUUAUAUUCCUCGAUGAAAUGAAAUGGUUUGCUCUGCCUGUCCAUGGUGCUAUUUUCAUUAAAUUAUUUCGAGGAUUUUAUAUCCAUGGUGGUAUCCCUUAUACUAGCUGGACGGGUGUAAGGCUUGAGUUUGUCUUUAAUUCCUUCAUGGAGGCCUUGAACUCGGAAGGAACCGAUCUAUUCAUUUCAGGAGGAAUUGUAUUCUGGGUACUUAAGGCGUUUCUAAGAUGUACAGGGAACUCAAGGGCUCUAUCAAUUUGGGAGCAGCUAAAAGAGAGGUGGAAUCCCGAGCCGGCUGAUUUAGAGCUAUUGAGAUCUACCUUGAAUCAAAUAAUAGAGCAACGCUCAGUGCCCAAGCGCGGCAUCGGAUCACAGCCGCGAUAA